UCGUCGCCUACUCGGCUCCAUCCGGCGAGAGUAGACCAAUCCCCUCCGCCUCUGCCUCUGGCUGUCUCUGCGUGGCGGAGCCUGAGCUUCUCCGGCUUCCACCAACCCUUCCACUGCUACCCACGUCCCCGCCGCAGCCCCAUCCUCGCAUCUCCCCUGCCCCUGCCGGAUUAGCUCGCUCCGAUCCGGAGACCCAAGCCUGAAGGUGACCUUGUCUGCUGUUGUUGCCAUAACGAUGAGACUAGAGGGAUCAGUGGUAGCAUAGAGCUCUGUUUUCUGUUUAUACUUGGUGCAACUGGAAGCAGAUGCUGCUGCGUUGCGCGCCUGCUAUAUGUUUGCAACGCCGCACCUAUACCAUGUAUUCUCAGCCUAGCCAGUUACAAGGAGGAUUGUCACAGAGCAUGGCCUUAUGGAAGCAUUCUCGCUCACAUGCAGUCAGUUAUCAAACAAAAAUGGGUUUAGUUAGUCUUUCUCCUAAGAGCACAACAUCAUCUCAUCUGCAAAAUGGGACAUGCUUUGCCUGCUUGGAGCAACAGUCUAAACACGGAUUAUCAGCGAGAGAUCGUAUCCUACAUGCUAAGCUUGAUAUGGCCUCACAUCACGGGUUUUCUAGUAUUAGCUGGAAGUCGAGAACGACGAGAAGUUUAGCACAAAAAAUAGGGGGUACAGGCGCUGGACUUUCCUUGAGUUUCACAGUUGCUGGGAUAGCAAAUGCUGGGGGUCCGGUGGAUAAUGACAUUGAUUCCAAAUCAUCCUCUAGUUGUGCUCAUGGGAAGAAAGUUUACACAGAGUAUUCUGUCACCGGCAUUCCUGGGGAUGGUAGAUGCUUGUUCCGUUCUGUGGCUCAUGGUGAGUGCAUUAGGUCAGGGAAACCCAUACCUAGUGAGAAUCUUCAAAGGAAGCUCGCUGAUGAUUUAAGAACACUGGUUGCUGAUGAGUUUAUCAAGAGAAGGACAGAGACUGAAUGGUUUAUUGAGGGUGAUUUCGAUACAUAUGUCUCUCAGAUAAGGAAGCCACAUGUGUGGGGAGGAGAGCCAGAAUUGCUCAUGGCUUCUCACGUUCUUCAGAUGCCGAUCACUGUUUAUAUGCACGAAGAAGCAGCGGGUGGUUUGAUAGCGAUCGCGGAGUAUGGCCAAGAGUACGGGAAAGAAGACCCAAUCCAAGUCCUCUAUCAUGGCUGUGGCCACUAUGAAGCGCUGCAUAUACCAGGAAACGCCGAACCCAGGUCAAGACUGUAACAUUUGGAGCUCUGAAACCAGAUAGUUGUAAUACUAGCAGCGCUUGUCAGACUCACAGGUAGCUGAGCACCUGGAGCUGCAAAAAGUCCGGGUCACGCCAUUCCAGCGGAUCUCAACAACCCACGGCCACAUCCUCCGCUGCAUGUAUCGCAUGCAAACGUCGAGAUUCAGAUGUGUACUUAGCCAAAUCUUGUCCAUCUAUUUCCCUCUCAUUUUAACUUCCUUCUAUAAAAACGCACGUACACAACCUGAUCAGGCAGAUAAUUCUGGAUCUGAGUAAUCUUUCGUCUCCGCCUGUCCACCACGUCCGCCAUGAGCGACGCCUCCGCCGCCGGCCAGGGCGCUCUGGAUGCCGCCUCGUCCGGCGACACUUCUUCGCCGGCGCCCUUAACCAUCCACAACGUGGACAUCCUCACCCACGUCCCCGCCAAGCUAGACUUCGACGCCGACAACUACGCCGAGUGGAGGGACGGCAUGCUCUCCGCGCUCGCCGAGUUCGGCGCCGUCGACCACGUCGGGGAGCAGGGACACUCCCUCCACGAGGGAGACGAGGAGUGGGCGCGCGCCGACGUCACCAUCGUCCUGUGGAUCUACACCACCAUCUCCGACGAGCUGCUGGACGAGGUGAUGGCCGCCCACAGCACCGCCGGCGAGGUAUGGGCCCAGCUGCGCGGCUUCUUCGGGGACGAGGGCGCGUUUGACCCGGCCCUGGAGCUCCGCGCCGCCGCGCAGGGGGACAUGUCCGUGAACGCUACAGCUGGCGCCUCAAGGCGCUGGCCCGCGCCGUCGCGGACGCGGGCGGUGAGCCUGUCUCCGACACCGCGCUGACCCUGCAGCUGCUCCGCGGGGUGACCCCCAGGCUCCGGGUCAUGGGCACCUCCCUGCUCGUCAAUGACCGCUUCCCCAGUUUCAUGGAGGCCUUCUCGUUGUUGGGCCUCGAGGAGUACAGACGUGAACAGGGCGAGUUCUGGUUGAGGGCUCCGCCCGCCGCGGCGGUGACCGUGGUGAUCAAGUCCAGGGCGCGCACUGACGUCUUCCUGUGACUCCCUUCUCGUGUCUAGAGUUGCUCCAGCCAACUAGCAGUAUUCAGGGCCUGUUUAGGACUGCUCCGCUUCACCAACAUUAGUUUCACUUCACUAUUCACUUUGGAGCAGUUUCAUCCAGCGUAGUGGUGGGUAAUUUUCAUCCUGCUCCAGCUUAGUGUUUUUUUGAGCGCCUCCUGAAGAGCUUCAUAAAAAACUAGGAGAUUACGCCCGAUUCUAGUUUUUUUUGGAGCGGCAUAUCAUGGAGCUAUCCCGUUAGCACAGCUGAAUUUGAAGAAGCAGAGCAGUCCCAAGCAGGCUCUCGGUUACUGUAUUAGGGCUGAAAACUGAGCGAAAACGGAUGAAACUAGGUGCUGCCACAUUUGUUUACA